AUGAGGCUGCCAAGAGAGGUUCAGCGUUUAAAAGACGCACUGAUGGACGAUUUUAAACAAAAAUACCAAGACGUUGUAACGCGCCUUGCCUUUGAAUUGUAUGUCCCCUUACGACCAAGACAAGGGACUCUGACAGACACCCAAAAGGAGCAGAUCAAGGCGUUUGCUCAGAAGUUUGGGUCUGUGUUCACAGAGAUUGCAGAUUCUAUGCUGGGGAAGACAGAUGACUUAGCAGAAAUAGUCCCCUUUAAAAAGUGGCACUAG